AUGCCUGAUUCUGAGUGGCCGACGAUGAGCGCAUUACUCCCAGACCUCGCGUUCCAGGAGAACUCGCGCGCGACAGUUCAGAUCGCUAACGUCACGGAAUCAUGGGAGCUCGCGGACCGAUAUUCUUCGUGGCCAAAGCUCAUUCGAGUGAGCGCGUACGUUCUCAGAUUUAUAUCGCGGAUUCAAAGGCGUGAUGAUAUCGCUAUUCAGUCGGAAAGUCCGUCUUCCCUGACCGCCAGCGAAGUACGAGCCUCAAGAAAUUUUUGGGUGAAAUACAUUCAGCGCCAACUCUUUCCGCUCGAAAUACGCGCUCUCACUCAGAAUGAGUCGGUUCCUUCGAGGAGUCCACUCUUCGUGCUCAAUCCGUUCCUGGAUGAAGAGCAAAUAAUUCGGGUUGGCGGGCGGCUAUCUCAGGCUCCGAUACCCGGUCAAGCUCGACAUCCGAUAGUACUCGGCUCUCACCCGCUCGUCCGCUUACUCAUAUAUCAUACUCACUCUUCAUGCAGGAACGCAAUUGACCCUUGCUACGCUACGGCAAGAAUUUUGGCUACUAAGAGCUCGAAGCACGCUCCUCAUUUCGGGGGGUUGUGGGAGGCCGGUGUUCGUAGUACAAAACAUCAUAUUCGGCGUGUUGUGGGGGCUCAUACUCUGACCUUCGAGGAGUUCUCAACGUUACUUUGCAAUAUCGAGGCGUGUUUAAAUUCGCGUCCAUUAGCACCGCUUUCCGACUCGCUGGAUGACUAUACGUUCUUAACUCCAGGGCAUUUCCUCAUAGGCUCCGCGCUUAAUUCAAUCCCGGAGCCCUCGCUUUUGCAAGUCAAAGAAAAUCGGCUGACAAGGUGGCAGCUAGUUCGCCAAAUGACCGAACGUCUUUGGAAGGUCUGGCAACAAGAUUACAUUAAUACGCUGCAACAGCAAGUUAAAUGGAGGCGCGUAAACCCACGCGCACUUCGAGUCGGACAACUCGUCUUAUUGCGAAACUCGCUACUCCCUCCGUGCAAAUGGGAGCUAGGCCGAAUUAGUCUGUGUCAUCCGGGAUCGGACGGUCUGAUUCGUGUCGUGACCGUGAAAACAGCAUCUUCGGAAUAUAAGCGUCCCAUCAGUAAAAUAUGUAUUUUGCCAAUCGACAUUGAGAAUGCGUCUAAGGUCGAGGGCAAAGCGUUGCUCUGA